UAUAAAGCUGAAUCAACUCACGAUUUGUAGGUUAUUUGCACCAUCGUUUGAAAAUACUCAACAGUAUACUGCAGUAGUUCGACUCAUCUACCUUAGAGUCAGUAACAGAUAGCACCUAAGUGCCAUGGAUAGCAUCAUGGAUAGUAUUAGGAGAACGACAGAAGUAAUAGUAGCUCAAAAGUCGUUCAACUGGGAAAUAAUAAAUUUUCACCUCAGUGGCUUAGCAACGGGGGAAUGUAUAAGAUCACCAUCGUUUACAGUAGGUCCUAACGACGAAUGCAAAUGGCACCUGAACAUUUAUCCUCGCGGCACAUCUCUCAGCGCAGACCACAUCGUGUCCUUAGACAUAAUCCUAGAAGAACUGAAGCUAAAAACGGUGGAAGCGCAAAUCUUCUUUUUCGCUGAAAAUAACAGUGGCCAAAAAAUCAAACUGUUCCAAGGCAUUAAAACGUUCACCCUGUACCCGAUGUCGGCCGGGACGACUCAUUUCAUGAAGAGGCAGGAUCUUCAUAACUACUUGAAAGACAACAAGCUCACGAUAGAGUGUCAAAUUUCCGUUGGGUUGAACACCUACAUGUCGACGGAUUCCGAGAGGGCAGUGAUCAACCCCAGCAUCUGCCAGAUGAAUUUGUCGCGGGAUUUUCAUAAGCUCUUCGAUAACCCCCACUUGAGCGACGUUUCCAUAGUUGCCGUUGGCAAAGAAUUCCGCGCGCACAAAGCGAUCCUCGCCACUCGGAGCCCAGUGUUUGCAGCUUUAUUUGCACACGACAUGGAGGAGGCAAUGCAAAAUCGAGUGUACAUUAAAGACAUCAAUCCGGACGUUUUGACAGAGAUUUUGCGAUUUAUUUAUACGGGAAAAGUCGAAAAUAUAGAUGAACUCGCGUAUGAACUUUUGAGCGCAUCCGACAAGUAUAGAUUAGAUGACUUGAAAGCGAUGUGCGAGGAAAUCGUUUGUAGGAAUAUCACCGUUGGCAAUUCUAUUGAUAUACUUAAUUUGGCAGAUCUAUUGCAAGCGGACAUACUGAAAAGUGCUGCUAUGAAUUUCAUAAUAGAGCAUGCCAAAUACGUGUUAAGUACUCCGUUAUUCAAGUCGUUGGAGCAAUCAAGUUCGCCUUUGGUUGUUGAAAUUUACCGUGCGAUAGCUAUGAAAUUUGCAAGUUAAUCUUACAUACAUAUUUUAUAUGAUAACUGUACUAAUCUAAUUGCAACAUUUAUAUGAUGGCUCAGACAUCUCGUUGUAAACGAAGACUUUUCAUCGUAAAAUGAGAAAAAUACAAGUAUUAUAUUGAUUAUUUAUUAUAGAUGAAAGACACAUAAUUAAACCUGUUCAAGUUCACUUUUAUAAUAUUGUAGCUUUACGUACGCAUACAGAUUACCGUAUAACUGGAGGCAGACUUUGAGUAUUUUUGUUUUCGUUUUACAAUAUAUAUUCAAGAUCAAUUUUAUAAAUAGUUUUGAUAAGCGAUUUAAUGAGAUUCAAGUGGAAUAAAUGACCGUUACGAAAAAAUGAAAAGUUUAAUUGCUGUAUUUGAUUUGUGACACAAAAUAAUAAUAAAUCACAAUGAACUUCACGUAUUAAUGCUGAACAAUAAAAAUAAUAUAGAUUAAAAAACGUACUGUUGGUAAUCUAAUAUAGCUUUCUAUUAAGUAGCAACUUUACUCAAAGCACAAAACUAUAUAUGCUGUAAUUAUUUUUUAUUUUGGAGCAUAUCAAAUAAAAGAUUGCUUUACAAUGGCUUUACAUCAAUUCCUAAUAAUAGAUUCUUCAAAUUUAGCAUCCGUACAAUCUAUCAAUUAUUUUCAAAUUGAAAUCUCACCAUUUUCGUAUUUUAAUUUCAUUUCUAAGGACAUUUUUUUUAGUAGAAGACCCGGCCAGUGAGGCAAGAUUAUACACCUACUCGGCAGAGCACUUUCACCUAAUUUUUUUUUAAUUAACGACUGCGUGCCCGAAGUUUUUGAAGAAUAUUAAUGUUAUGACAAGUGACAAUGAAAAUGUUGACCAAGUAAUGAAAUAUAAAAUACAA